AUGGAAAAGAAUGGUGACUUAUCUAAACCUCAAAAUUUACCGCACGGGCGACUGUGGUGUAUUAGGAAGUGGAAGGAGUUAAGCGAUUUGCUUAACAGCCAAGGAAUUGGAGAGUCUCGAAGUGAAGAAAAGUGGCGAAAAGUGUGGAGUGAUUUAAAAAACAACACGAAGAGGAAGUGGGCCAAAAUUAAUAAAACUGCUCAUGGUACUGGUGGUGGGCCUGCCUUAAAAAUGUGUCUCACAGAUUUGGAGAAUAGGGUGCUGUCGAUAAUGGGUGUCGAAGCAGCAACUGGGAUGGCCAUAGCUGAAGUUGGUUUUAGCACGGUAGAAGAAUCUGAAAAAGUAAGCAAAACUGUUUUUAUACCUGUGGAGCCAGUAAAUACAGAGGAUAUAAUAAUUGUACCAAAUGAAGUUCCUGCUACUGAUGAUGAGGACUGGAAUACUCCUGGCUGCAGCAAGGAUCCAUAUUAA